AUGCUUCGCAAGCCUGACAUGAAGGUCGCCGUAAAGAGGAUGUCACAUGAUUCUAGGCAAGGAGUAAGGGAGUUCAUUGCUGAGGUGGUGAGUAUUGGUCGUCUUCGACACCGAAAUAUCACGCAAUUGUUGGGUUAUUGCAGGCGUAAGGGCGAGCUUCUCCUGGUAUAUGACUACAUGGAAAAUGGUAGUCUUGACAAGUACCUACACACAAGAAAUGGCCCAACUCUAUGUUGGUCCCAGAGGUAUUCAAUCAUCAAAGGUGUGGCAUCAAGUUUGUUGUAUCUGCAUGAGGACUGGGAGCAGGUCGUCAUCCAUAGAGAUAUAAAGGCAAGCAAUGUGCUCUUGGAUAGUAAGAUGAAUGGAAGGUUGGGCGAUUUUGGUCUUGCAAGGAUAUACGACCACGAAACAACCGCUGAAACCACCCAUGUGGCUGGCACUAUGGGAUAUCUUGCGCCUGAACUCUCGCGCGCGGGGAGGCCAACACCCUUCUCUGAUGUGUAUGCAUUUGGCGUGUUUCUCCUAGAGGUCACAUGUGGACGCAUGCCAAUCUUCAUCGAUGAGCAAAACAACCGGGUUUUGUUGGUUGAGUGGGUGCUUGAGCACCACCACGAUGGCUCGAUGCUCGACACGGUGGAUCCACGACUCGGAGGGGAAUUCAACAAGGAGGAGGUAACCAUCAUGCUCAAAUUGGGUUUGCUAUGCACAUACCCGUCACCCAAUGCACGGCCUAUCAUGCGAAAGGUCAUGCAGUACCUCGACCAUGGUCAAUCGCCUCCUGAUUUAUCUCCGGCCUACAUAAGCUACAUAAUGAUGGCCCAAAUGCAAAAUGAAGGGUUUGAUUCACACAACAUGCCAUGUUCUCAACCCAUAGCGAGUGUUGCCACUGUAUCAGGAGAGUUAUCGGCGACUAUUUUGCGAGAGGGAAGAUGA